AAUUCUAAGGCAAAAACGUCAAAAACAAUGUCAUAUUGUCUGCUGCUGCUGCUGCUGCUGAUACUCUUAUCUCAAUUCCCCCGAAUGUUGUUAAUGAAAGAAAUCUAAAGACAUUGUUAUGAAACAGAUACGUAUCUUUUGAAAGAGAAAGAAAUAAAAAAAGGGAGAGAACUUUAGAGAAAAAGAUGGUGUGGGUGGUAAAUAAGCAGGUGCAAAUAGGGAAAGGGAAGAGAUGUCACUUAUGGUUAGGGGCAUUAUUAUGCUGGCUUUGUUUCAUGGUAGUCACUCCUAAAAUCACUUUAUCUCACAAACCUCUCCAGUUUGCUGACAUGAGAAAUUUCCUUGGAGUGCCUAAUACUUUGAAUGUGAUCACCAAUUUCCCUUUUUUGCUUGUUGGUGUUGUGGGGUUUGUGCUUUCUCUUCAAGGAUGCUUUUUUAACAUAAGUUUGAAAGGAGAGGUUUGGGGCUGGGCACUAUUUUAUGGUGGAAUAGUGGGUUUGGCUUUUGGUUCUGCUUACUAUCAUCUCAAGCCUGAUGACAGUAGAGUAAUGUGGGACACCUUACCGAUGAUGAUAGCAUAUUCUUCACUUUUCUCUAGUUUCAUGGCAGAGAGAGUGGGGCAAAGGGCUGGAUUGAGUUGCUUGUUUGGAUUACUAUUUGCUGUUUUGUUUAGCACAGCUUAUGCAAGAACAUUUAAUGAUCUUCGAUUGUGCAUGAUGUUCCAGUUGAUUCCAUGUGUAGCUAUACCGGCCAUGACUUUUUUAUACCCACCCAAAUACACACAUUCAAGAUAUUGGCUUUGGGCAGCAGGUGUUUGCCUUUUAGCCAAGUUUGAAGAUGCUCUUGACAAGAAAAUAUACAAUGCAAAUCGGUACUUUAUCAGCGGUCACUCCUUGGAGCACUUGUGCUCGGCAGCAAUUCCUGUUUUGUUCGCAAUUAUGCUCAUACACAGAACCAUUAGAUGUCAAAGAUUAGGUGAUUUGAAAGAGCGCCCGCGUCCUUGAAGAAAAUGGAGUGAAGACUUUCAUUUCUGGUGCUGCUGCCAACAGGUGCCUUAGCAAUCAGUGUAGGAAGAACAUUAAAAUGUAGAAACCGAUCUACAUGAAAUCUUUUCCCCGAUGUUAUUUUCAAUGUGCAAGAUAUAUCUUCAUUCCGAGUUCUCACACAUUUCUAUCGCCCCUCCAUUCCAGCCUUUAAUCGUCAAUUUUCCUGGCAGAAUGCAGUAGAAAUAAAGUUCAUAUCACGAACAAUGCCCCCUUACAUCAACUUGAUUUUGUUCUUCGACAUGAACUGCACUCCUCCACCCAGUAGCAUUUUCCCUGGUAACAUAAUGGCAGUUGCUGUAGAAAAGGACAGUAGAGGUUCUCACAUUGCUGCAUUUCAAGCACAGCUCAUAAUUCAGAUACAAGGUCGAUGUGGCCUUCAUUCUUUGUAGGCCUUAAACCAGUUAUUUCAUGCCCUACGUUGUUGACCUGUAAUUUUUUUGAAAGUAAUUUUUUUUUUUUU